AAUCCACACCCUAUCUUCUCUCUUCCGGCGGCUCGGCUUCUCCCAGUCAAGCCUCAACUUUCCCCAACAAUUAAUAAAGCUCCAUAAUUCAAGCUCGUGGUCAAGCUUCCACUAUUCUUUCACUAAUCAUUUUGUCCUCUGCGCAAAUUCCCUGUUUCCAGUGGUAAUUCUUCUUCUUCUUCCCGAAAUGGAAGCUCAUUAUUUUCAAAUUUGUUUGAAUCUGCAGGAAGAAUUGGAGUGUCCCGAGGGGGAAAUGAACAGCGAUCGUUACUUCUUCUGAGCGAUUUGCUGUUACUAUUAUGCAUUUUUUGUUUUGCCUCUGAGUUUCCGAUCUUCGGGUUCCUCAUUCAAAGUAAUGAGAGAAAGGAGACUGCGUUGAGGUUUAGUGGUCUACAGGGGGCUGGAACUGCCGAAUCCUCUUUCUGGGAAGCUAUGGUGAGGAAACAUGGAUGGCAGCUUCCGGCACACACCUUUCAGGUUGUUGCUAUAACUGUUUUCUGCUUAUUAGUGGUUGCAUUUUACGCUUUCUUCUCUCCUUUCCUUGGAGGACACAUUUGGGAGUAUGUGCUAAUUGGAGCUUAUUCGCCCGCGGCACUUCUGGUAUUUGUUCUCUAUGUACGGUGCACUGCAAUUAACCCUGCAGAUCCUGGCAUAAUGUCAAAGUUUGAUUCUGAGAUAGCAAGUACUAGCAGUACAAGUUCGAAGCAUGGAUUUUCUGCAAAAGAUAUGCCGCGGAAGUUUGAUGGACGUAAAAGAGGUCAAAAUGCCUCUCCUGUGUCAGUCGUAAAAAGUUCCUUUGCUGCAUCUAGCUCUGUUAAUAAAGGUCAAGUGGAAGCUGGCAGAACAGAUGACCCAGUGAUUUCUUCUAGGAGGGCAUCUUGUUGUAAGAGUGGGGGGAUCUUAUGUGCCUUGUUUGUACAUGAGGAUUGUCGAAAACAGUAUGGUGACCUGGAAGGUGCUAAUCCUGAAGAUGCUUUGUUCUGCACAUUAUGCAAUGCUGAGGUUUGCCAGUUAAGUAAACAUUGUAGAAGCUGUGACAAAUGUGUUGAUGGAUUUGAUCACCAUUGUCGAUGGCUAAAUAACUGUGUCGGGCGAAAAAAUUAUGUUUCCUUUAUAUCUCUCAUGGCCAUCAGUCUAGUAUGGCUUGCUAUUGAAGCUGGGACCGGGGUUGCUGUUCUAGUUCGGUGUUUUGUGACUAAGAAGAGGAUGGAAGCUGAAAUAGUUGAUAGGCUAGGCAAUGGUUUCUCACAGGUCCCGUUCGCAAUUGUUGUGGGUGUUUGUACAGCAGUUUCAUUAUUGGCUUGUUUGCCCUUGGGUGAACUUUUAUUUUUCCACAUAAUACUGAUUAAAAAGGGAAUCACUACUUAUGAAUUUGUAGUUGCGAUGAGGGCAGCCAUGAGUGAGGCUGCAGUUGGAGCAUCUGUAUACGAGGAGCAGGGUAACGUUCUAUUCUCCCCAACAGGGUCUGCAAUGACCGGUUUCAGCGGUGGAAGCUCUUUAGGCCUGCAGUAUAAAGGAGCAUGGUGCACCCCUCCUCGGGUUUUCAUUGAUUAUCAAGAAGAAGUUGCACCACAAUUAGAACCUGGAAUAAUUCCAUCAACAGUUGAUCCAGAUGCAGCUGGCUUUGAGGACAUUAUAGGAAACAAGGCAUCCAAGCGGCCCGUUAAGAUCAGCGCAUGGAAACUUGCAAAGCUGGACUCCAAUGAAGCUAUCAAAGCAGCAGCUAAAGCCCGGGCAUCCUCAUCCGUCCUACGCCCGAUUGAUAACCACCGCCAUUCGGGCGUCUGCGGUUCGGAACUAAGCUACUCCAGUGAGAACAUGAGUGUGGGAAGCAGUUUGAGUGGCGGAAACAGAGAGACGAGAUAUGAAAUGAGAUUUUCCCCUGUGCGGCCCAGUCAAGGAAGCGAGGCCCAAAGCAUGAGUAGCUUCAGCAGCCCGAGCACCCACGUUCACAGUGCGGUCACCCUAAGCCCAAUCCCACAAGCUAACAACAAUUUGAGUCCACCCAAUGUCCUCGUCCCAGAGAUGGCCCGCAUUUCUAAGCCGGCCCCCACAUUACUGAGUUCAGGUAACAACCGCCCUUUAUCUGUGCUCCGAGAUGUUAAACGCAUGUCUGUUGUGUGGGAUCAGGAAGCUGGAAGGUACGUGUCCGUCCCUGUGACCACCGCAGAUGGCAUUAGUAAAAGACCGCCCAUACUACCAAACGCGAAAGCAGGUGGUUCGGGUAGCAGCAGCAACGAGAGUUGCCAGCCCGUCACCCUCCCCCAGGCCCAGCUGCAGUCUGAGACGACAACAAUUUACACGGGGGGUGGGGAGUCGAUAUUUUUUGGGGGUCCACAGCUGGCUUUGGCCCGGGAGUGUAGGUUGAAACGAGGUGGUGGGUCCCACCAGCUCCCCGUGUUUGUUCCUGGGGAGUCAGCAGCGGCCGCGACACAGAAGUAGUGCUUUACAAAUGGGAAUGAAGGAGUUAGUUGUCUUGUAAGAUGGAAGAAACCUUUUGAGAGGAGGAAAAAUGUGUACUGCCCUCCAGGAACCUGCAGAGCCUAUAUACAUAUAUUAUCUGCCAGGCUGAGGUUCCAGUGGUUUCUUUUCUUCUUCAAUCAACAUUGCUAUUUGACUGCAGCAACUGAAUUGUUUCAUUCAUAUAAAUGAAACAAUGUUGUAGAAGAAAAUGUUUUGACUGAAGUUGUUGAAAUACUCGUUGAAAUUGGCUCUUUUCUUUUCUUUUUUUAAAGAAAAUAUUCACACCAAU